AUAAAAAUAUAAUUUUUCAAGGUUUAUAUUGAAAUCGAGAUAAAAUAGCUCGAAAAUAAUAAAAUUGGGCUAGUAUCCUAAUAAUUGAUUCUUGGAAACAUUUCCUGUGAGACUUGAGUCAAGAUUUAUUUCCAACGUUAGGAUGGUUUAAGCGUUGUUUCAUUAUGAACAGUGAUCAGAGUCCUGGUAGUCCACUAGACCUCAGUGAUCGCGAACAAGCUGUGCUCAUGGAUCCUAUUGACCAUGGUCGGGCGAGAUAUCCCUAUUGCAUCGUUUGGACCCCCAUACCUGUGCUAACGUGGAUAUUUCCGUUCCUUGGCCACAUGGGGAUAUGCAUGUCCAAUGGAGUAAUCAGAGAUUUCGCAGGUCCAUAUUAUGUGUCUGAAGAUUUAAUGGCAUUUGGGAACCCCACUAAAUACUGGCAACUGUCACCACAUAAAGCUAACAAUGGUCAGGCAGGGUGGGAUGCAGCAGUUGCAGAAGCUUCAGAGAUCUAUAAAAAGAGAAUGCACAUAAUAUUCUAUGAUAACUGCCACUCUCAUGUGGCCACAGCUCUCAACAUUAUGAGCUACAAUGGCUGCAAGAACUGGAAUAUGGUAAAGCUGGCUCUGUAUAUGAUACCCUUCUCCAAAUAUGUUAGUUUUGGUGGAUUUGUUAAGACAUGGUUGCCAUUUGUGAUUAUUGUUGCUUUCAUUUGCGGAUUGGCUGCUGCAAUAUAAGCCACACAACAAGCAAACUUGUGAAAAAAACAUUUGUAAAGAAAA